CUUUCAAUCCAUUGUUGGUCCGUGCAUUUGCAUUUCAAUAUUAGGGUAUUUGACCUUAAUAAUAAUAUUAAACAUGACCGCGUCGGUAUGGAACCACUUCUGGGGUACAACUAUCGCUCGGACUCCUCACUACAACGGCAUCGGCAGGUUCACUCAGCAGCUUCAAAGAAUAACUUUUAAGUUUUGUAAAAGUUCCGGUGCUUCUAAAGGAGUCAGAGACUUCAUCGAGAAAGAUCUCAUCCACUACGCGCGCAGCAACCCCGGCGUUGUGGUGUACCUCAAACCUCGACGACACAGAGGCCCCGUCUUGAAAGCUGAAUAUCUUAAUGGUGAAGAGGAAUACUUAUAUUUGGCGAAGAGACCUCGGGAAGAAAUAGUGCGGUGGGUUGACCACUACACAACGCGGAGCGGGCAACCCACAGCGCGUCUCAUGAAGACCCACCACACCCACCACCUCUCCAUACAAGGCGUCUGGACCCCGUGGACCCAUCGACACCCUGACACCUUCACCCGCACUUAUCCUGACGAAGAGGCGAGUCAAGCCGAGAAGAUUGAGAAAACCGCCACUGAUGAGCUAAGAGAGAUUGCUGAGCGAUUGUCAAUCGGCGAAAAUUGAUUUAAGACCAAACCAAACAAGGAUGUGCAUGUAAUUUCUGUUUGCUAAUGUCUACAAAUCAUUGACAGGAAUAAAUGUCAACUUGAUACAGCGUUCAUUAAUGUAAAUAUUUUCUAAAUAUAUAUUAGGAAAAUGUUCACUUUUGUGCACUGAAUGAUCUCUGUUGAAUUUUUGGGAUUUAGACUAAUUUCAGGUUAGAAAUAUUUUUUUUCAUCUGCGCCAGUGUGCAUGCUAUCGUGACUCCUUCUAUGUACAUAACUGCAAUGAAGUCGAUUUCAUGGAAAAUGAAAACUUCAAUCCUGGAGUAUUUUGGGAAUUUUGAAUAAAAUGGUAUUGACUUCAAUGGAGUGUUGUGAUGAGCUUGAAUUAUAAGACCAAGAAACUGGUUCAUAUACUGAUAAUUUCAAAGAACCUGCCCUAGACAAUUAUUGUUAAUCCCGAAAAGAAAAUUUGAACUUCUUACAGGUAAUAUGCCAGAAUAAUAUUAAUAUACCGAAUAAUGCCAGAAUUUUACUCUGGCUCGUCCUCCAUUGAGGUGUGCAGAUGCGCUCAACAUCUCGUAAAUUUUUCCUCAUUAAAUGAGUCGGUUUUUAU